AUGGUGAAUUUGCGGCUUCUUCAAGCUAAUCGGUUUCCUUCUUCAUCCAAUCUCAUGUGGUGUCUACAGACAAUACAAGUUUAUAUUGGAGAUAUUGAUGCACCGGUUGAUAUUUGGAACAUGUCUCAACUAAGGCAUGUUUCUUUUUGGAGAGAUGGACAGCUUCAUCUCCUAGAUCAUCCGAGUGACAGCAUGGUGAUCAUGGAGAAUCUACAAACCCUCAAAGGAGUAAACAAUUUCAAGUGUAACGAGAUGAUGCUUCGUAAAAUUCCCAAUAUCAAGAAACUGUGUAUAGUUUAUAGCAGAAGUGAUCAGUCUGAUGAUGACUAUUGUUUCUACAACAUCGAACGUCUGCAAAAGCUGGAAUCUUUUGCAUGCUUUGAUUAUCCAAGCGAUGAUUUUCGAAAGCUUACCUUUCCAUACACUCUUGAGAAACUGAAUCUUCGAAUGUCUAGUAAUAAUUGUAUUGAAGACAUAUUGGAAAAGGCAAGUGCAUUACCCCUUCUUCAAAAGCUCAAGUUGUAUGGUGGAGAUUCCACAACAGGCAAAUGGGAAACAGCUGAAGGCCAGUUCCUCAGUCUCAAAUAUUUGUCACUUUCACAUUGUCAUCAAUUGGAAUGCUGGACGACGGAGAGCUCUCACUUCCCAUGCCUCGAGCAACUUCUUCUUUGGGGCAUGCAUUUGAAGGAGAUCCCAGCAGAACUUGGUGAAAUUCCGACACUGAAAUCUGUGGUGUUGCGUGAGUGCAAUGAAUCAGUGGUGAAGAGUGCGAAGAGAAUGGUAGAGGAACAAGAGGAAUUACAAGGAGAAGAACAACUAUCCUUUAAAGUUGAUGUUUUGCUCAGUAAGGAGAACAGCGAGCUGCAGAGCUUGGCAAAUCUCAACUUUCAAGUUACUGCUCAUAAAAAGAGGGACUAG